CUGUAGCAUUCAGAAAGUGAGUCUCCGUGGUCCUAAACCGUACCUUAUGGGCGUGAAGUAUCUGAUGUCAAUGCAUCGCUCAGUUGCGAUGCUGUGGCCAGAAACCUACCUGCCAGAGAUGCAGGCGACUUGGCCGGCCUUGCAUCUAUCGGCCGAGGAGGACAACAACUGCAGCAGCGGCGGCGGCGGCAGCAGAAGUAACAACUGCAGCAAGCUCGCUCACUGCUCGUGGUAUCCAGCAUUCCUCCCCGUCGCCUGUCUUGUCUGAGCCUUCUCUUUCGCGUCUCUACAUACCGGAAAAGCGGUACUUUGGAGUCCCCACAUCGUUGCUCCCGAUUUUGAUAGACCUAUAUUAUACUCACCUGUACAAUGCGUCCCUCCUAUUGUACAGACCUUCCCUGACUCGAGCUCUCGAACUGGACACGAUCCGAACUGAUGUGCUGCUGAGUAUAUGCGCCUUGGCUUCUCGGUUCUACACGGACUCGAAAGGUGCGGCGGUCCUGCUUGACAGUCACUUUGAUCGCGAAUGGGCCGAGGCAGCGGGUCGGAUGGCUCUUCGCGAGGUGGAGUCCCCAAAAUCUGAGAAUGUCGUUGUGUUUCUCAACCUAGCUCUCUUCUGGUAUAGCCAUGGCCAGUUUCGACGGUCAAAUAUGCUUACCGGUUGUGCGUCAAACACCGCUUGGGUCCUGGGCGUUCCUCCUGACGAGAAAAGCAACGGGAGUUCUCUAGACUCCGAGAUGCAACGGCGGCGAUUCUGGGCAUGCUACCUACAAUGCUCGUUCCAGGCUGACACACUCUUUCCGAAGAUACCUACAGAGGGCAUGCUGAACAUCAGACUUCCGUGUAGCGAGUCCGAGUUUCAACUGGGAAAUCCUCAAUCGAGUGUCACGUUAAAGGAUGUAGAGAGCACGCAGAGCAUUUAUGCCGAGCUGAUAAGGGCCAUGGCCCUGUGGUCAUCCGUCGUCCUUCUUAUCAAGCAGACGGGACUCUCCCUAGCAAGCCGUUUGGCCGAGAUGCAGACUCUGGAUGGGCGCAUUCACGAGGCCUGGUCAAAGCUGGACCCGUGUUUCCAUUUGGAAUGCACUCGAAUGGGGGCAGUGCCCUCCCAUGAAUUACCAAAAUUACUUUUAUUGCAUGUGAUUUAUCAUCAAUGCCUCUGCUCCCUGCAUUCGUCCAUAGUCCCACUCUUCUCCUGGAGUCCUUGUGAAGGUGUUUUUGCGUACGCGCAACAAUUAUCUGCACAAACGGCUUUUGAACACGCCAACUCUGUGUCCGCGCUUCUACGUGCCUCCUUAGAGCUAGAUUGGGACUGUCGAAGAAUGCCGAGUUUCAUCGGGUAUGCUGCCUACUCUGCCUGCGCUAUCCUGACUCCCUUCAUAUGGUGCUCGCAGCCAAAUGUCAGGCAGCGCGCGGUAUCUAGCAUUUUGGCCAGUUUGAAGACGCUACAGAUCCUGGGAAACCACUGGGCUUUUUUGGGAGUCUUGGGAAGGUUUGCCUGCGGUCUGUACAAGGUGCACGCGAGUGACCCAUUCCCACUGGCUGGUGAGCCGAAAAACAUGACCCCCGACGCCCUCAGGGAAUUCAAACCGGCGAGUCUAAGAGCGCGGCUUUCCAUUUUAACACACAAUUCGAUCAUCAUCAGCGAUCAAGGCUCAACCGCGCAGGGUACGGAUGACAUUGGGGACCUUGGACUUGAGAAUGCGAACUCUCGAGCAUCCGGGCCGGCGGAAGAGAAUCUUGCUGGAUUUAUCUCUCAGAUAUCGAGUGAGGUCGGUGUUGCAGGUAGUGAGUUACCCAUUACGAUCAACCCGUUUCUACACCUGGAGGCUGUCGGAUCUUGUCUUUUGGACGGCAGUUUCAACCAACCGAUAAUCGGGUCUGACAUGGAUCAAAUCGGGCAUAUUGAGGAUUGUAUUCUGGAGCUGCUGCGGCAUGAAGGUCUGUUACAGCAGGGAGCAUCAUGAGUACGGGUUUUGUUGUAUUUUCACAUAUCAGCGCAGUCUACCCCUUAAACCCUUGAAGUCCACAACUUGUGGCGAUGAGCUCGACUCUACAUGAUUAUGGAACCAUCAGACCAUAGGAGUUGUAAGUCAGAAGCCAAAAUGAAUGCAAACAGGUUCUUUAAAUACGAUAGUGAGUGGGGAAGUGUCUAGAAAGUGGUGCCUG